GAUUCACAGUUAUUCAGAGUAAGUGCGCGAGGAGGCAGGAGCAAAAUAACACGCACUUCCUGUAAGUGUUUCUCGACUUUUCUUUCCCGUUUAUAGAAAAUAUUUGUUUUAAAAGCUUGAAUAUUUUAAAACAGUUGAACCACAUGACGGAGAGGCUCACAAAAUGACGGACGCUUCCAGAGACCUGCAUGUAAACUGAGAGUAAAGUGAGGACAAAAAAUAAGUGGAGAAAGAGGAUUUCAUCAUGCGUAAGGCAGGACAGAGGAACAUCCAGGAGCGAGGAGGAAGAGGGAGGAAGAAGGAUGCAGGCGGCGAGGCCUUUAGCCCCAGGUUCCACCAUAAGGCUCUGGAAGGUGGUCUGACGGUUCCAGGUGAUGUAGGCAGCGGACCCUUGCCGGUGCAGCCGUACCCCACCGAGGACAUCCUGAGGCUGGGUCUGUCCAGAGGCGUGUCCCUGUCUCUCCCGUCCUCUCCGAUGCUUCCUCCCCGACAGCCGUAUGUGCUGCCUCUCAGAGCGAGCACCAAAUCUCCAGGGUCUGUCAGGAAGCCCAAGCAUGCCGAGAGCUCCCGUGUUCCCAUGGAUGCAUUCAGCUGGAGCCUGAGGAGCGAGGAGAACGCUGAUCCUCUCUUGCCAGCGAAGUCUGGCUCCUCCCCUGCUGCUCAGGAACUGAUGACACGGCUGGGUUUCCUACUGGGAGACGCCAUCCCCGCCUCACCGCACACCGCCAUGGAAGAGAGAAACCAGUGUACAGUCAGUAGUCAGGGUGCGAGUCCGUGUUCCACCCUGACCGACAGCACAGCGUCUCCCAGUGCCGAGAGUCCGUGUUCCAGCCUGGCACUCAGCUCGGGGUCAGUGGAGAGACCGCCCCAGUGUUGCUCCGGACCAUGCAGCACCACCAUGAGCACCACCAUCACCACCCCUAGCUCCACGCUGGAGAGCAAGGACAGCGGUAUCAUCGCCACGGUGACCAGCUCCAGUGAGAAUGAGGAGCGUUGUGGAUCUAGUUUGGAGUGGGGAAAAGAUGGUGGGGGGACAGUCAGAGACAGCAGCCAUCACGCUGCUCCUCCUCCGCCGCCUCCUCUUCCUCCUCCUCCUCCUCCUUCAGCUCCCGUCGCUGUCGGAGACUCAUCAGCCCCCAGUGAAGCCCAGUCCCAGCCUUGGACUGCCCCAGCUGCCCCGUCACCUUCAGACGGACCCGAGCCCUACCACAGCACAUCACUGGUCCUGCCAAGGCCCAACUCAGUAGCUGCCACCAGCAGCACUAAGCUGGAGGAGUUGAUGUAUCUUGACGAGCAGCGAAAUGCCCCCAUGCGCUCAUCCUUGCGUGGACCGUGGCACGGAGCACACACCAGCGGUCGCAACCAGGAGAGCAAAGCUCGAUUCGCACCGUAUAAGCCGGUCGACAUCAUGCUCAAACCCUUGCUGUUCGAGGUUCCCAGCGUUAGCAGCACGGACAACACGUUCGUCGGCCGCGAGUGGCUGUUCCAACGUCUGGAGGAGGUCCUGAUGGGCGAAGGGGAGGUGGGGCCAGGACGUGGCGCUGUCGUGGUGGGCAGCGUGGGCUUCGGAAAGACGGCGGUCAUCUCCAGGCUCGUGGCUUUGAGUUGUCAUGGCAGCCGGAUGAGACAGAUCGCCUCGAACAGCCCUGGAGCUUCGCCGAAGAGUGGAGGUAGAGGAAGUGACCACUCGAUCCAUGGCAGCCAGCUGAACCCGCCAUCUCAGAGCCCCCACCGCAGCAGCAGCUGCCCUCCGACCCCUGACACACACCGGCACCGUGAGGAGGCAGUCAAACGCCUCGCCAGCAAGGUUGUAGCAUAUCAUUACUGCCAGGCUGAUAACACAUACACAUGCCUGGUGCCGGAGUUUGUGCACAGCAUUUCUGCGCUGCUGUGUCGCGCCCCCCGGCUCGGCGCCUACAGAGAAAUGCUGAUGAGGGAGAACCAGUUACAGAGUCUGCUGAGCCUGCGCUCGUGUGUACAGGAUCCGGUCGCUGCCUUCCGGAGGGGCGUACUCGAGCCCCUCGUCCUCCUGCGCAAGGAGAGGAAGAUCACAGAGGACGAUUACAUCAUCCUGGUGGACGGGCUGAACGAGGCGGAGUUCCACAAGCCGGACUAUGGGGACACGAUCGCCUCCUUCAUCACCAAGAUCAUCUCCAAGUUCCCUAUCUGGCUCAAACUGGUCGUCACUGUCAGGGUUAACCUGGUGGACGUCACAAGCCUGCUGCCUUUCCCCAUCAUUUCUCUGGACGACACUCAUGAGAAGUCCAUCUCUGCUGACUUGCACGCGUACGUCCAGCACCGUGUGGAUCACAGCACCUCCAUCCUGAGCAACAUCACCGUCAACGGCAAGGUUGAGCCGGCGGCUAGCUCCAAGCUCAGCUCGCACCUGGUGGGCCGCAGUCAGGGCUCCUAUCUGUACCUGAAGCUCAUCUUGGACCUGCUGGAGAAGGGCCACCUGGUGAUCAAGAGCUCCAACUAUAAAGCGCUGCCCAUGUCACUGACUGAACUCUACCUGCUCCAGUGCAACAUCAGGUUCCCAGCGGUGGCGGCUUUUGAGCGUGUGCUGCCCGUCCUGAACGUCGCGCUCGCCUCACUGCACCCGCUAACUGAUGAGCAACUGUUCCGCGCGCUUAACGCCGGCAGCCUGAAAGGCGCACUCGAAUGGAGCGACUUCCAGCAGCGCAUGGAGGCGCUCUCCUGCUUCCUGAUUGGCCGACGUGACCGGACACGCAUGUUCUGCCACCCGUCCUUCAGGGAGUGGCUGGUCUGGAGGGCGGACGGAGAGAGCACCGACUUCCUUUGCGAUCCGAGGAGUGGACACGCCCUCAUGGCCUUCAUGCUCUCUCGGCAAGAAGGGAAACUGAACAGGCAGCAAACCAUGGAGCUGGGUCACCACAUCCUCAAAGCACACAUAUUCAAGGGACUUAGUAAGAGGACGGGCGUGUCCUCCAGCGUUCUCCAGGCCCUGUGGAUCAGUUACAGUACCGACAGCCUGUCUGCUGCUCUGUCCUCCCUCAGAAACCUCUACACACCCAACGUCAAGGUGUCUCGGCUGCUGAUCCUGGGUGGAGCGAGUGUGUGUUACCGCACCGAGGUGCUCAACAGCGCCCCUGUGCUGUGUGUCCAAUCUCACUUGGGUCAUCUAGAGAUGGUGGCUCUCCUGCUGGAGUUUGGGGCUCCAGUGGAUGGAGUCUCUGAGAACAGCAUGACGCCUCUGUGCUGCUCUGCCGCCGCUGGACAUCUGGGCGUGGUUAGCCUACUCUGCAGAAAGGGGGCAAAGGUGGAUCACGUGGAUAAGAGCGGACAGUGCGCGGUGGUUCAUGCUGCUCUGAGAGGUCACGCUGAAAUUCUGCAGUAUCUACUGGAACAGGACUGGAGCUCAGACCCUGUGCAGACUGAGCAAAACCUGAAGAGCAGAGUAGUGCAGCAAGCGUUCAUUGCUGCCUCCAGCAUGGGACAUGUCCAGGUGCUGAAGAACUUGCUGGCUCUGACGAAGAACGAGCUCAGUGUGCAAAUUGAUGGCCAUGACACACUAUGGGGAGAGACAGCUCUGAGUGCUGCUGCUGGCCGCGGCAAACUGGACGAGUGUGUGUUCCUGUUGGAACAGGGGGCCACAAUAACGCAGCCGAACCGCAGGGGCAUGACUCCCGUUUACGCUGCUGUGAAACACGGACACACACAGGUGGUAGAACUUUUGCUGCACCACGGCGCCGAGGUGGACGUCUCCGACAAACAUGGCCGCUCACUGCUGAUGGUUGCGGCCAGCGAAGGUCACGUGACCACUGUGGACUUCCUUCUGUCGCAGGGGGCAUGCAUGACGGCGGUGGAUAAGGAGGGCCUGACGCCGUUGAGCUGGGCGUGUCUGAAGGGCCAGAAGAGCGUUGUGGAGCUGCUGGUGGAGAGAGGCGCGCAGAUCGAUCACACGGAUAAACACGGACGCACUCCUCUCGAUCUCGCUGCGUUUUAUGGAGAUGCCGACAUUGUGCACUACCUGGUGGAACGCGGUGCUGUGAUCGAGCACAUGGACUACAGCGGCAUGCGGCCCCUCGACCGCGCCAUCGGCAGCCGCAACACUUCAGUUGUCGUCACUCUGCUGAAAAAAGGGGCCAAGCUGGGGUACCGCACGUCUCCCUAUGAUCGAUCAGGAAACGCUGCCUGGGCCAUGGCCACGUCCAAACCGGACAUCCUCAUCAUCCUGCUGCAGAAGCUGAUGGAGGAAGGCAACCUGCUCUAUAAGAAAGGGAAGAUGAAGGAAGCAGCUCAGAGGUAUCAAUACGCACUGAGGAAGUUUCCAAGGGAAGGGUUUGGGGAGGACCUGAAGGCCUUCCGAGAACUGCGGGUCUCGCUCUACCUCAACCUGUCUCGCUGCCGCCGCAAAACCAACGACUUUGGCAUGGCAGAAGAAUUUGCCACUAAGGCUCUGGAACUGAAGCCGAAGUCAUAUGAAGCUUUUUAUGCUCGUGCUCGAGCUAAGAGAAGCAGUAGGCAGUUUGCAUCAGCACUGUCUGAUCUCUAUGAGGCGGCGCGUCUGUGCCCCAGUAACAGAGAGAUCAGACGCCUGCUGGCCCGUGUGGAAGAAGAGUGCCAUCAGCGCCCAGGUGGGAAACGUACGUCAUCGCACACUCAUCCCUCACAGCAUGAGGAGGAUGACGACGAUGAUAAUGACGUUGAGGAGGAAGAAGAAGCUGUAUCGAUUCGAGCGCCUCACAAAGUCUCUGAGAGCGUUGGGAUAAAACUGGUGCAGGUGGAGGAAGGAGAUGAGGAGAAGAGGAAGGAGAACUGGCAGCAGAGCCGAACCCUGCCCGACUCUCUGAGCCUGGCCCUGUCAGGCACCCAGUCAUUCUCUCCUCCAGCUCACAGACGCCUCCUGUCCCGCCAGGCUCACAGCGUGAAGAGCCGAGAAAACCCCGGCCACCACAGGGCCUGCCUACACACCAGAGAGCCGCUCAGAGACACACAAGGAGGCACGGGUCACCCGGACACUAUGCCCCUGGCACCAGAGGGUGCUCCAGAGUGCAGGUCCGAGUUCAGCCGUAGCAGCAGCAUGCGAGUGUCCAGCUCCUCCAGCAGCCUGGCUUUCACCGGGAUGCACUCGGACCGCAACCGCACCUCUGUCACCAAUGAAAACACUGCUGCUGUCUCCGACAUGCCCGUGAGGCAACACGAGCACAAACCACGCCCUUUUAUGGGCAUCACAGACAAGACGGCACGCUUCCACCAGCAACCACCACUGCACAGUCACGGCACGGAGGAACUGACCUGUGACCUCCAGUACCCAAAAACAGGAAGUGCCACCUAUCAGGAGACCUUCCAUAACGGCACACAUGCAGGAGAGCUGCACACGGCGAAGCAGCACAAGCAGGCCAACCUGGUGCGGGACAACCCCAUCCUCAUCAGCUCCAUCAAGCCCAAACGCUCCUUCAUCGAGUCUAAUGUGUAGCGGCUGUCGCCAUGGCAACCCGAUACACCAGGCUUUGCUUUUAGCCUCCACGGCUUUAUUCAGGACUAACUACGAACAGAAACUUAAGACAACCUGCGUACUGUAACGAUAACUAUUCUACAUUUAAGCAAAAGGGUUUACUGUAGAACUCUUUCUUCUAUAAGGGCAGUUAACACACACACUCAGCGGUUCCUGAAUGGAGCUUUAAAGACCAUCACGGUAAGUAAGUUUUAGCAUCUGUGAGCUCAAACGAGUCUGUUAUUGCAGUACUGAUGCCUAGCGUACUGUUAUUCCUGAUAAUCCUCUACUUGCUAAUAUAUUAAUUUAUUUAUGGCUUCUACAGCUUAGUUUAUUAUGGUUUAAAACAUUUUAUAUUGUUAUUUUUGCACAGCUAUAUAUAAUAAUUCAGAAUCUUUUGAGAAAUAAUGCUUUUGUGAAGACUUCAGGUACAGCUGAGUGCAAAAGUUUGUGUACCCUGGCAGAUAUCAGUCCAGACGAUUUUUACACUCAGCUGUCCAUGAGCAGUAUAAAGAAAGCAAACUGUUUAAGGGAUAUUACUUUAUAUGUAUAUUAUUUGCAUUUGGUUCCACACACAACUUAUUGGUUGUAUUUCUGCAACAAUAAAGGCCCACUUUGAGCACUGGUUAAUGUCUGUGAGGUUGGGGUACGAGUAACAAGCAGGAAAAAAAAAAUUAAUCCGAAGUUAAAAUGCUGGUUUGCAGAAGAGUCCUGAGCGAUGUAAAAAUAAAACCCAGAUCUAAACCA